GGAAGACCCACCAUCAUGCCCGAACCCGCUACACCGCCCGCCGGGGCAUGGCGCGGCCGUGAGGCGGACCGGGGCCGCCAGAAGCGGAGGAGCCCGAAGUGCCACCCGGCGCCGAGAGGCUCGGGCCCGGCCCGCGCCGCCCGCGGCCCAUGGUGCUGCCCACCUGCCCCAUGGCGGAGUUCGCGCUGCCGCGGCACAGCGCGGUCAUGGAGCGCCUCCGCCGGCGCAUCGAGCUGUGCCGGCGCCACCACAGCACCUGUGAGGCCCGCUACGAGGCCGUGUCUCCCGAGCGCCUGGAGCUCGAGCGCCAGCACACCUUCGCCCUGCACCAGCGCUGCAUCCAGGCCAAGGCCAAGCGCGCCGGCAAGCACCGGCAGCCGCCCGCCUCCGCCCCGGCCCCGGCCCCGGCAUCCGCUCCGACCCCCGCCCCGGCCCCAGCGGCCGCGCGCCUGGACGCAGCCGACGGCCCGGAGCACGGCCGCCCGGUUGCGCAUCUUCAUGAUACAGUGAAGAGGAACCUUGACAGCGCUGCCUCACCUCAGAAUGGUGAUCAACAGAAUGGCUAUGGAGACCUAUUUCCUGGUCAUAAGAAGACCCGCCGAGAGGCCCCUCUGGGCCUCAAUGUAUCUGCCAAUGGGCUUCCUCCUGCCUCACCCCUUGAUCAGCCUGACAAGCCUCCUGGGGGAGAUGCCCUGCAGUCUGGUGGGAAGCACUCCCUGGGGCUAGAUCCCAUCAACAAGAAGUGUAUGGCAGACUCAAGCAUCCACCUGAAUGGAAGCAGCAACCCGAAUGAGCCGUUUCCUCUAAUCCUGAGUAAGGAACUCAAGCAAGAACCAGUGGUCGACCUGCCAUGCAUGAUGAUUGCAGGAGCCGGAGGCUCCGUAUCCCAAAGCAAUCUUAUGCCCGAUCUCAACCUUAAUGAGCAGGAGUGGAAGGAGCUCAUUGAAGAGCUGAAUAGGUCAGUGCCUGACGAAGACAUGAAGGACCUGUUUACUGAGGACUUUGAGGAGAAGAAGGAUCUAGAGUCCUCUGGUUCUGCCACACAAACCCCCUUGGCUCAGGACAUUAAUAUUAAGACUGAGUUCUCUCCAGCAGCCUUUGAGCAGGAACAGUUAGGUUCUCCACAAGUGAGGGCUGGGUCUGCAGGACAGACCUUUCUGGGACCUUCCUCUGCCCCUGUGGGAACAGAUUCUCCGAGCCUUGGGAGCUCUCAGACUCUGUUUCACACCACUGGUCAACCUGGGGCGGACAAUCCCAGUCCAAACCUGAUGCCGGCAUCAGCACAGGCCCAGAAUGCACCAAGAGCCCUUACAAGUGUGGUAUUGCCUAGCCAGGGCCCAGGAGGGGCCUCGGAGCUGUCCUCUGCUCACCAGCUCCAACAGAUAGCUGCCAAGCAGAAGCGGGAGCAGAUGCUGCAGAAUCCACAGCAAGCCACCCCAGCACCUGCCCCAGGCCAGCUGUCCACAUGGCAGCAGGCGGGGCCCUCCCACAGUCCCUUAGAUGUCCCUUAUCCCAUGGAGAAGCCUGCCAGUCCUUCUGGCUAUAAGCAAGACUUUACCAACUCAAAACUGCUCAUGAUGCCUAGUGUAAACAAGAGUUCUCCUCGUCCGGGAGGUCCCUACCUCCAGCCCAGCCACUCGAACCUGCUGAGUCACCAGUCACCAAGUAACUUGAAUCAGAGCUCUGUGAAUAACCAAGGGUCUGUUCUAGACUAUGGCAAUACAAAACCCCUUUCUCAUUACAAAGCAGACUGCGGGCAAGGCGGCCCUGGGUCUGGCCAGAACAAACCAGCUUUGAUGGCAUAUCUUCCCCAGCAACUGCCCCAUCUGAGUAAUGAGCAGAACUCCCUGUUUCUAAUGAAACCAAAGCAGGGAAACAUGUCCUUCCGGUCACUGGUUCCACCUGGACAGGAGCAGAACCCUUCUUCUGUCCCUGUACCAGCCCAGACUGCCAACGUGGGGAGCCAACCUCCUAGUGUCUCUGUGGCCAGCACUCACAGCAGCUCCCCAUAUCUCAGCAGCCAACAGCAGGCAGCUGUGAUGAAACAGCACCAGCUGCUCCUGGACCAGCAGAAGCAGAGGGAGCAGCAGCAGCUGCAGCAGCAGCAGCAACAGUUCCUACAGAGGCAGCACCUUCUGGCCGAGCAGGAGAAGCAGCAGUUUCAGCGUCAUCUGACCCGCCCACCCCCGCAGUACCAGGACCCAACACAAAGCAGCUUUCCCCAGCAGGUUGGACAGUUCACAGGACCUUCUGCUGCUGUGACUGGCAUAAACAACUUGGGUCCAUCCAAUUCCAGCUGUCCUCGAGUGUUCCCGCAACCUGGGACUCUGAUGUCAAUGGGUCCUGGACAUGCUCCUGUUUCGUCUCUCCCCUCCAGCUCAGGCCAACAGGACCGAGGAGUGGCCCAGUUUACUGGGUCCCAGAGCUUGCCACAGAGCAGCCUUUAUGGCAUGACCUCUGGCCUAUCCCAGAUAGUCGCCCAGCCCCCACCACAGGCUACCAGCACACAUGCCCACCUUCCACGGCAGACCAAUGUGGGCCAGAAUGCCUCUGCUCCAGCUGCCUAUGGACAGAACUCUCUGGGGAGUGCUGGUCUCUCCCAGCAGCACAAUAAGGGAACCCUGCCUCCUGGUUUAACAAAGCCACAAGUCCCAAGGGUGUCAGCAGCCAUGGGAGGCCAGAAUGCCUCAUGGCAACAUCAGGGAAUGCCAAACCUGAGCAGCCAGGCGCCAGGGAGCAGCAGCGUGAGCCCCUUCCCUGCAGCUUCCGGUUUCCACAUGCAGCAGGCUCACCUGAAAAUAUCUGGCCAGCAGUUCUCCCAAGCCAUGCCCAGCAGGCCCAUGGCCCCCAUGAACUCAGCAGGUGCAGCAGGGUCACUGCUGCCCCCGGUGAGCACACAGCAGAGGAACAGUGCCCCUGCACCCGCACCUCCCCAAGCAGCCCCUCAGCAGGGCUUGCCUGGCUUAAGUCCUGCAGGACCUGAGCUGGGGGCCUUUAGCCAGAGCCCCACUUCACAGAUGAACAGCCGGGCGGGGCUGCACUGUACUCAGGCCUACCCUGUGAGGACCAUGGGCCAAGAGCUGCCCUUCGCCUUCAGCGGACAGCCGGGCAGCAGUGGGCUGUCCAGUGUGGCUGCACACACUGAUCUGAUCGACUCACUGCUGAAGAACAGGACUUCUGAGGAGUGGAUAAAUGAGUUGGAUGAUCUUCUAGGGUCACAGUAACAGAGAAAUUUGUGGUGUUUUCCAUGUUUAGACAUCUUAUUUUUGUUCUCAGAUUCAAGAAAGAACAACUACUUUGGACCAAAAGCCCAUGGCCCAGAGAACUGGGCCAGUAGAACUUAAGCCACGGCUGAAGCCAGCUCUGGUCAGUAUCUGCUGGUCCGUUGGGCUGGCCCAGCCCAUUGGCAUCACUACCUGGGACUGGGAUAGCAGGAUAGGGGUUUGAAAGGUGGCUUCCUACCCAGAUGACCAAAAAAGCCAGUGGAAACAAGCCCUGCCAUGUCAGACUUAUCAAAAGUAAUGUGCUGUCUUUUUACCCAAGAUUUCUCCACUUGCCUCAAGGCUGGGAACAAAUUUCUGUUGAAAUUUUUAAAUAGAAUUAUUUGCAUUUUGUAGCAUAGAAGUAAUUGUUUUAAUUUAAGAUUUUUAAGCAGAUUAGGAUGGGUGGUGGUUGUAUUCAUAAGUGGCACUGGAGACCGAGGGUUUCCUUAUGAUCAGGAAGCCACAAGAUGUUAGGUGUAGUGGUCCAAAUAGGGUCCUUCCUUAAAGCUCCUACUUCCUGGCUGCCAUUCACUCUUCAGGAUACUGGGCCCCCAUGGAGCCCCCUCCAUACCCUGGCAUGGCUAAAUGCUGAAGGUGGAGAUUUAGGCUCUAGCCUUCUGCAUCUCUGACAACCUGUAUUUACCACAGUAGAAGUGCCAUUCAGUUGUGCACACAUCCUUUCUUCUCCACAUCAUCCCCAUGACCCUUCUUCUGUCUGCCUCCUCAUCUUCUCCCAGCCAAAAUGGGAAACGGUGAUUUACUACAUUAAAAGAGGAAAAGUCAAACUCCGUAGGGAGCCUAAGCCUUGCACAGGUUUGGGGAAAGAAGGCUGCAGGCAGCCCACCACCUAGGAGUCACUUUAUUCUUUAUCCGCCAUGCGUCUGCUCCUCCCACGGCUGAUGAUUUGCACUUUUAAAGUGGCUUUAACACUAACCCACCCUUGCUAAAGAUGUGAGUGGAUUCUCUUUGAAGGUCUGUUGAUGGACGUGUCUUAGCAGAGAAACCGUGAACUAGAAAAUGGCAAGGGGGCUGCUGACAGCACUUGCCGUAUCACGAGCAAGAUGGUGCGCACAGAGCAAGACCUUGAACACGAUGGCGGAGGGAAAGAAAGGUUCUGCUGGAGUGACCUGCGUGCAGAGUGGUCUGCAGAGAAAUCACAGCUCCGCCCACUGUCCUGGGUCCCAGAACACUUCAUCCAGUGUAAAGAACUGAGCCAAGGAAAUGACAAGAGCAGCCUGCGCACUCAGAGGGUCGGAGGGUACACAGUGCUAACUAGAUUGCACCGGCAGUGCCUUUUUCGCUGAGGGCACCUGUGCUCUCAGGUCCUCGUCUCAUAGCCAUUUCUCCUCCACCUGUCCUCCCCAGAAACUCAGUUCAGCGCUCAAAGAAGCAGGUGGAUCAUAUAAAGCCAGUGAAGACGCCACCCUCUGGUAGUUCCCCAGUCGUAGGGAUAAGAGGGUGGCUUCAGCAGGUUCUCUACCAAAAACAUGGCCGAGGGCUGGAGCCGGAUCCUGUUUCCUCUUCCAGCCUCCUGCCCCCAUUGCCCAGGGCACGCCAGCUGCCCCGGCACUCUACCUUAGGCCCAGGUUGGCCGCACAGGCAGUGGGCAGCUCACUUGCUGCAGUGUCAUAGCAAUAAAAUGUGAUUCUUGGGGUCCCCCCAGAGCUGCCCACGGCUUUAUUUAUGAGUCUGGCUUUGAGGAGUUGGGAAGAGGUGACCCCACUUCCUCGCACAGCUCAUCUCCUCAGAGCCACGACUCAAGAAGAAAAGGGUGCUGGGACUUCCUUACACACAUGUGCUUUGUGUAAAUAAAUGUUUACAAUUUUAUAUUGAAGAUGAUUAAGUGUUAGAGUGUCCAACUGUAUAUUUUUUACUUUUAUAGAUUUUAAAACUGAUCCUUUAUAUGUGUUUGGAGCUAUGAUAAGUUUUAUGGUAAGCAGUUGGUAUUGUGAACUUUUUAUGGUCAUCAAAAGUGCAGAAAAGUCCUAUUAAUCCCCUUAUUCUGCUUCCCUUAGCUCUGGUGUACACCAAAAAGAAGUCUCUACUUUCCUGUGUUACAAAAAUAAUAAAAAAUAUUUUACUAGUAUGGA